UGGGGUCAUUGAAGUCGAGGCAUUUGAUCAAACAAAUGUAUAAUAUUAGAUAUAAAACGUUCAGUAUAUUAAAGUGAAGAUGGCGGCUAACAGAUUUAUAUAUUUUGUUAUAAUAUUUAGCGUUAAAGUGAACGCGCAAUAUCAACAGACACCAUCGUAUAAUUAUAAUGAUCUACAGCAACAGAUGUUGCAGAAUUGGCGUAUGCAACAAGCUUUACUACAACAGCAAGUAAUGAAUCAACAAUAUCCUUAUUACGGUCAACAACAAGUUUAUUAUCCUGUUAAUAAUCAACCAAUGUAUUAUCCUUAUCCCUAUCAAUACGGCGUUUAUCAGCCUCAACUACAACGGAAUAUACCAGAAACGACAAAAAAUAAAACCGAGGAAAAAAGUACGACUCCGGACCCCUACGCCGGUGUCGAAACUGAAUACAUCGACGUACAACCCGAAGCUUUCCGAAAAAUCAUUCAAACUCUUCGGGUUCAACCGACUAUAAUUUCUUACGAAACUCGAGUUAAAACUAAAACUCCGAAAUAUUCCUAUGUUGUAAAAACAGAAAACAACCAGUCUAAUGAUACAAAUAUACCGGUUUCCGUUAACAAAUACGAAUCUAAUUCUAAAGUUUACACCUUCAACAAAACUUUCGUAUUACAUCCCGGCGAUAACAAAGAUAAAGUUGUAAAUUUCAAUUUCGUUAAUGGAGUACAAGUGACUGAUUCACCUGUUGAUGAGAAAAUUGAAACGCUUAAUGAAACUACUACACUUCCCGUAAAAAAUUCUAGAAGAUUCAUAGACGUGCCGACUGGUUGUAAAGAUGGUUACCGUUAUUCGGCUACAGGAGGUUGUUUUUCACCUUUCCAGCUGUCUAUAAACGGUACCGAAAGUACAACUACCGAGACGUACUGAUGGGAUUUGGACGAAAUUAAUACUUUCAAUUAGUUGUAUGGAAAAUUUUAUGUAAUAAAUAAUAUAUCAU